AGGACCUUGCUGGGCUUUACUUCCAAUCCCUGCACCACCUCCUUCUCCAACAUGUGCACCGGCAAGUGUUCCCAGGCCAUCGGGGUGUCCCUGUACCCCUUGUCACUCAUCUGCAUUGCCGCCAACGCUAUCCUGUUCUUUCCGGGAUGGAGCACGGAGCCGUCAAAAUAUCCAGGAGAGCAGAUCUCCGCUGAAGUCAGGAAUCUGGCCGGGAUCAUCGGAGGUGGCAUCCUGGUCCUAAUUCCGGCUAUUCACAUUCAGGCGACUGGAAGGAAAGGCUGCUGCAGUAGCAGAGUUGGGAUGUUCCUGUCCAUCCUUUUUGCUGCUAUAGGACUCACCGGCUCCCUGUUCUGUCUCGUCAUGUCAGUCGUUGGAUUGUUCCGAGGGCCUGUCUGUCUGUAUGACCCAUCCACGCUCGGUGCGACAGCUGUCACUCACGGGAAUGAGAGCGCCACUCAUUCGCUUAUUUGGGGUCGACCUUUUGAGAGGCCUCUGGAACAAAUCAAUAAUGAAAGCUACCUGUUCCACCAUGAGCUCUGGAGCAUCUGUGAGGAGCCACCAAAUGUGGUGGAGUUCAAUGUCAUCCUGUUCUCCAUCCAGCUGGCCGCCGGCGGCGUCGAAGUCGUCCUGUGCUUUAUACAGAUGCUGAACGGCCUGUUCGGAUGUAUCUGUGGGACGUGCCGCCGCGAGGAGGACGAGGAAAAGAAAGAAUUAAAGCUCUGACGGCCCCAUCCCCUGGCGGAUCCCCUGGCGGCGGCGGCAGGACGGCGGCUUUAAAGAUCCAAAGUGGACGUCUUUCUGUACCAAGCAAUGGUUAACCCUUUCUGUGCACGAGAAGAGCCAAACCCGCGGAUUCUUCCAUGACAACCUGAUCAGAAAUAGUCCGAGACAUUCUACGUCUAACAGAAAAUCAGACGUGCCAAUAAAUGCACAUUAAAUAUGUUUUUUCAACGUGUUUCCGAAAACAUAUCAUUUGACGGCAGAACAGACCCGUUCGGCCCGUUUAAUCUGCCCUUUUUUCCUUAAUCAGCCGUUGCUCUCGUCUUAGAUUCAGGAGCCGUAUGCCUAUCCCGUGCGUGUUUAAAUUCCCACACUGUAUUACCCUCUACCACCUCAGCUGGGAGGCUGUUCCACUUAUCUACCACCCUCUCAGUAAAAUAAAACUUCCUUGCAUUACAUCUAA